CUAUUCUUUUGCACCUUCUUCUCUGCUUUCGCAUUACUCUUCGCAUCACUCUUCGCAUCCCGCCAUCCCUCCGCUCUCCUUGCGCUUCCACAUCGGCAUCCCACGCUUUCCUCCGUAUCCGCCAUCGAGUCCAUGACCUGAGCCCGCCCAUACCCUUUUUGUUAAACAAAGGACGACCUCCAUCCAACCAUACCACUUUGGCACAACCGAGCAGGAAAAAAAAAGACUACAGCUUGCACGCUCCUCAUCUUUCAUAAUUACAUCUUUGGCUUCCAACAUCAGACACACACACCCUGUCUCUUUACAACGAUGCAUCAUUCCCCAGAAACACUGCAGGAUAAUUCGUAUCAGCGGAGGAGGCAGUCCACGCUAGUCUUUUCUAUCACAAAGCUCGAUGGCUCACUAGGCGGACCAGACUCACCGCCAACUUCACUCUCCCAGAACCGAUCGCUCAUGCCACCAUCAUCACCAGCGGCUCAUAGUAGCAGGAAUUCGUUCGGUUUCUGGGGUGGAAGCAAGUCUGCAUCCAGUACGCCCAAUCUUGGCAAUGCCGCCGGCAACAACAACGACAGCACCCCCGACGAUCUCUCCUCCUCCUCGAUUACUACGGUUUCGGCUUCUGCAGCACUGACUCAGACUCAAGGAUCUGGGGAACCCUCGGUCGGCAGUGUAGACAGCUCUAAUUCCUCAUUCCACCAACGACGGAAGCGGAGCGAGAGCACAGGAGGACUCAAGAACACCGCUGGUAAUAUUAGCAGGAUCGUUAAGAAGAGUAGCAGCAAUUUUCUCAAGAAGUUUGUCAAGAGCUUUGACGACAAGGAUGCUCCGCCAAUACCCGUUGUUCCAGCGUCCAACAAUGCCUCCUCUAUCAAGUCGCCACCACUCUCGACUAAAUCGACAAAUUCUCAUGACAUGUUCUCUCAACCCUCGAUCUUACAUUCGGGUCUCAUUGGACCCCUCGAUACUCCACCGCCGCUUUCGCCUCUGCUCGGACAGGAGUUGGAGUAUCGUUUCACCUCCUUGGACUCGUCAUUGCCACCACUCGGCAGCCAGGUAAAGCAAAAUCAGGCCGUAGAGGGCUCAAAUGUAGAAUCCUGGCUCAACGACACAGAUCCAGGUUUCUCACCGGCUGCGCUCUCAGCCAGUCUUGCUGCACUUUCGCAGGAGCGCGCUCAGCUGGAUCGCCGGCGAUCGAGGGGACCAAAUGAUCUGGAUGACGAUGAGGAGGAGGACGUGGAUGAGGACGAAGACGAGGAUCUGCCGAUCAGCAUCUCAAAUCGAUUGUCAAAGCUCUAUGAGGCUGGCUCGAUGCAUUUGAAUCAGUCGCAAACAUCGCUGUACUAUUCAACAAAAUCUAAUCUAUCAGACAGUGAGGAAGCUGCUUCCAGGAGGACUUCGCUUGCUCAGGACGCUCUUGGAUACAGUCUGGGGCUCUCUCGGGGCAAUUCAAUCCGAUUCUCACAAUACAGUAUUGGAAAUCUCCAUUUGGUCCCCUUGACCACUUCAGCCUCGAACCCUUCAUCCCCAGGGCUUCCAAAAAGUCCUAUGGAGUAUCCCGACGGCAGACAAAUACCGCGAAGACCAGUAUCGAUGUUUGUACCCUCGACGAUUACUGCAGCAGAGAGGGAUGAUGAAGAGGCAAGGGCCUUGGGAGGCAGCGCUGAGGCAAAUCAUGCCCAUGGUCUGAGUACACAUACAGCAGCUACUCCGUCAAGCUCCAUGGCGGCAACACCAUCAUCGCCAAUACUUACUCCUCGAGAAUAUGGAAGGCGCAGCAAAGAAGGGCCUCGAUCCGCAGCGCUGCGGCCAAUUACCAUCUGUGUGGGACCUGAAGACGCCAACAAUCAUCCUCUCGCCUCUAACUCGACCAUGGCACUAUUGACCCCCGACAUGUCCCAGGAGGAACAACAGGAUGCGACCGCAGCGUUGGCGCUUCGUACAGCAAAGAGGUGCUAUGAUGAGGACGAGGGAUUUUUGAAACGAAGUGAGAUUGCGGAGUACCUCGGGGCACCGAAAUCAUUCAAUCGACUGGUCCUCACGCACUACAUGGACUGCUUCAAUUUCACGAGCAAGCGGUUGGACAUGGCCUUUAGAGCACUCUGUCAGAAGCUGGUCCUCAAGGGUGAGACGCAGGAAGUGGAUCGCAUCUUGGAGGUGUUUGCCGAACGAUAUGUGACCUGCAACCCAAAGUCACUGCUAGGUGGAGCUGAUAACGCUAAAGAUAUCGUCCACGCGAUCACGUACUCGAUCCUCUUACUCAACACAGACCUGCAUAUCGUUCAACAAUCCAGCAAAAUGUCACGGUCGGCAUUCGUCAAGAAUACGCUCCACACUGUGCAGUCUCAAGCAUCGCAGAGUCAAAGUUGCCAUGGAGAGGACAGUUUUGAAAGUCUAGGGCUCCAACGGUCCGUGACAGGAGAGUCGCUUCCCGAGGGAGGUGGGUCGUCAAUAUCCUCCAAGAAACCGACACCGAGCAUCAGGAGCUGGAAAAGCGGACAGAGUCACCAAGCCACUGGUUCUGGACAGGCCUUUAAUGGCCAUCAUCACCAACAAUUCAGCAACAAGAAGGGCACGGAUGCCAAGGCUAAUGGAGGUUAUGGAAACGGCAAGCUUUGGCUUCAGGAAGUGGAGGGCAUGCUAAAGGACAUCUACACGGCAGUGAAGCAGCAUCAGAUCCUACUGCCGUUAUCUCCGGCGACGUUGAGCCCUCCCAGAUCGAAAUCAAUUGUAUCACUAUCCUCGCCACCGACCUCACCAACGAUCUCUGGAUUUGGCUCAUCUAUCUUUUCAUCUAAUCGGAUGAGUCGGCUCAUAUACCCAUCCUCGUCUUCACCAGCACUGCAGGAUUCCGGUGGAGGGUUUGGUUUGGGGCUCUCUGGCAGACGGAGCUCUGUGAGCGCACGUACAAAACAGCUCAGGAGCGAUGCCAUCCAGCGACUGAACGCUCAAGCUCAUGCGCAGCAGUCGGGAGUCGACAGCGACCGCCUUUUUGUCUCAGCCCCAUCAUCAGCGUCCACUAACGCCAACCAUCGACUCAGUAUGGUGGGCCCAUUCAUGAGCGACUCCUACCUUCUUGAUCUGGCAAACAGUAACAAUAACCGGGAGCGGGACCUAGGCUUGGGUCAAAGCCAGCACAGCUCUUCAAGUCGGCUAUCCUCAUUGACAAUGGCAACUUCCCAGACUGGCAUAUCAACAUCCACUUCUAUAACCACGCCCUCGGCAUCUCAGAACAGUCUCAUAUCCCUGCAAUCUCAUGCUACCACUACUCCAUCAAGUCAGGAGGACCAUCAGCAACCACACAAGAAGCAUCACUCCGCAGAUCAGCAACAGGAGGAUUACGCACGCCUACAGAAGAGCCAGCUGCAUCAACAGCACAUCGAAGCGCGCUACCGAAUGGAGGGUAUUCUCUGGCGCAAGCAUCUAUUGGAAAGAACCGACAAGAAGGCUCAACACCGUGCCUGGCGUCAGCUGCUAGUAGUGGUCGAUACGGAUCAAGGGACGCUGUCGAUGUUCCGCUCAGAUAGCAAUAUACCAAAGCUCCCACCACCAUCCUAUGGACGACAGCGGCGAUCAAACUCUUUGUCAAUGUCUUCACCCUCGCCCCUUGGAGAUGUCGAAGCGGAUGUGCCGUUGUUUGACGAGAUUCUUUUGCAGCACACGAUCACCAACAUUCUCCCACCCCCGGGGUAUUCGUCAUCGAGGCGACAUGUCUUUGCGGUUCAGCUACACACUGGAGCCGUAUACCUUUUUCAAACAUCCACUCCACAAGAGUGCGAGGCUUGGACACGAACCUGCAACUACUGGGCUGCUAGGACUAGCAAAGAGCCGCUCGUUGGAGGCGUUGUCAACAUGGAGUACGGCUGGGGACGAGCCUUGGAAACAUUGGCUCGACAUGAGGAGGAACAGCAGCAGCAGGCUCCUGAAGGAGGUCGAGCGACACCGUCAUCAGAUACCUCACAAAGCUCUUCUCACACAAGAGGCGGCACAGGUGCCGCGAGCAUAAGGAUGGAUCCUUCAGCGGGUAUGAAACUCGGAAUGGACUAUUUGAGCGGGCCGCCAGAUGUGUUCGGAGAUAUGAAUGGCGGGUCCUCAUUCAGAUCAGGGAGCUCUUUUGGAGAUACUGCAUCUCUGGGACGCGGUCGGAGUCCGUCGAUUCGAUCUGGAACUCGCGGAUCAUUUUCCUCUAGCACUGGCGGUGUCGCAGUAAGUGGUGGAAGUGGAGGUGGCACUUCAUUGGGUGAUAGCAUUACGCUGUUUGAAUGGUCAGCACCCGUGCCAACUAUGACUGUGAGCGCGGUGACGGAGGAGGAGCAGAUGCUUGCAUUGCGUAAAUAUGUUGCCGGACUCGAGGCAGAUAUGGAAGCACACCAGGAAUACCGCACUCCCAUGACUCGCUUGUUCCCACCAAAGUCGAACAACUACGCUAAGGCAUUCAACAACUGGGAGAGGCGUUCACGGUACUUGUUGAAGGAGAUGGUCAAAUAUCAGAUUUAUGUCGAGUGUUUGGAGCAAUCGAUCCAGUUCCAGCAGCAACUGCAGCUUGAGCUUGAGAGGGUUCAACAGCUGCAGAUGCUAGAGAGACAAGGUUGGGGUCAGGAUCAGGAGCUUGGUCAGGAGUUUGGAGAUCAGCAGCAUUUGCAGGCAGGUCAACGAACCGAGGAUGAUCUGGAGGUAGAGUUGGCCCAAUUGGUCGUUCGUGAGGGCCCGGUGUAAACUCAGGAGCAUUGCCAGCCAGCUCAUGGCAGAGUGCCUGUAAAUAAAACAAUAAUAAUGGCCAAUAGUAAUACUAAUAAUAGUAAUAAAAAUAAAAUCAGCCUCGGG